AUGCCCGCAAACUACCCCAACCGGAACCGGGGCUAUGAACUCCUUGAUGACCGCCUGUGCUUCCUCUUUUCGGCCCGCGGCUCCAUCUUGUCCACGCUUGUUCCCAUUCGAUCACUGAUUAAUACGCCAGUCACGUCGACGACGCGACCACCGUCAUGUCCGAUAAACCUGGGCACUGGGCAUUUUUUCCACCCUGAGUGCCGGCAACUAUUACGCACGCCUCCCGGAUGCACACCAGGGUAUGCGGAGGCCUUAUUGAUUUAUGGCUUACGAGUAGUCGCAGAGUCUACGAGUCGUGUGUCAACGCCUGCAACUGCUCGAGCACUUCUGCUCUGGCUGGACGGUCGUUGUUUCGACUAG